CCGGCCCGGCGGGGCAGGGACAUCGGGGGCCGGCGCGGCGAAGGGCGCAGGUACCGCUGCCGGCGGAGCGCGCAGGGCCGGGCAGGGCCGGUCCGCGGGGGCCGGCGAGGCCAUGGGGAAGGUUCAGCUCUUCGAGAUCCGCCUGGGCGACAGCCGCGUCGUGUACGGCCCCGGCGAGCCGCUGGCGGGCACCGUCACCGUGCGGCUCUCGGGCUCGCUGCAGUACCGAGCCAUCAAGGUGAGCUGCAUUGGAUCCUGUGGGGUAUCUAACAAGAUCAAUGACACAGCAUGGACUGUGGAGGAGCAGUACUUUAACAGCACGCUGUCUCUGGCAGACAAAGGGGUCCUGACAGCUGGAGAGCACAACUUCCCCUUCCAGUUCCUGCUGCCAGCCUCUGCUCCUACGUCCUUUGAAGGGCCUUUCGGCAAGGUCCUGCAUCAGGUGAAGGCUGUGAUAGACACACCUCGCUUCUCCAAGGACUACAAGUGCAGCAAGAUCUUCUACAUUCUCUGCCCUCUCAACUUGAAUGACAUCCCUGACAUUGAGCAGCCCAACACUAUGUCAGUCACCAAGAAGUUCAACUACAAGCUAGUGAAAAGCGGUAACAUCAUCCUGACUGCCACCUCGGAUCUGAAAGGGUACAUCGUGGGCCAGGCCAUCCAGCUCCGCACCGACAUCGAGAACAAGUCGGGCCGGGACACAGGGGCUGUGGUAGCCAGUCUGCUCCAGAAAGUGGCUUAUAAAUCCAAGCGCUGGAUUUACGACCUCAGGACCAUUGCAGAGGUGGAAGGCUCAGGAGUGAAAGCCUGGAAAUGUGCAGAGUGGAAGGAGCAGAUCCUCGUUCCAGCGCUGCCCCAGUCCAUUCUGCAGGGCUGUAGCCUCAUCCAUAUCGACUACUACAUCCAGGUGUCCCUCAAGUCUCCAGAGGUUUCAGUCACGCUCCCCAUUUACAUCGGUAACAUUGCUGUGAACAGGGUGCCCCUGAGCCCCUCCCGGCCCAUCCAGCACGUCCCAUCUGCAGUGGUACCCAGUGCCCCCCCGGAGGAAGAGGAGGCUGCCAGCGGUUACCACUCCAUGGACAAUGUCUCCAUCCCUACCAAAAGCCAUUCCCAGCAGCAGCCCUUUAGCUACGCCCCAGGACUGAGCUUCCAGGAGAUACGGGUGGACUCGGAGCAGACGGGCUCCCCAAACCACCCCACGCUCUGCCUGUCAACGGGGGCCACUGUCCCUUACUAUGCUGAGGGGAACGUGGUGCCUGUCCCCACCGCCAGCUCCCUCAUUCUGCCUCCGGAGUACAGCACGUGGGGCUACCCCUAUGAGGCACCUCCAUCCUACGAGCAGAGCUGCAGCAGUGCCAACUCCAGCAUCAGCAACGGCAACUGACCUCCCCUGCUCUGAGUCCCGCUGGUGCUGCCCACCCCAGUGCCACGGUUCAGCUGCCGACCCCGAGCUCUGGUACAGCACGAGGCGUCUCUAUCUCUCUGGCUGCUUGGUGGGGUAAAUGGCAGGGCCCAGCCUGGGCUUUUUAAGUCUCUUUCUAGGGAGGGGGGUGGGAAAACCAAAAAGUGCAGCCAGAGCAGCCUGUGUGUGCAUAGGAGAGGUCUGGGAAACUCGCCUGCUGCUGCACCAAGGGCUGGAGGACUGCUUUAGCCCCAGGGGUGGCCUCUGCAGCAGCCUGUGUUUAAAGUACUGUAGUCAACACUAACUGCUUUACUAUCAAAGCACCUGCGAUGCCUUAUCUGAAAUGCUCCUGACUUGGCAUGUCUCCACUGUAGGUGAAGGCUGGGCUGGGUGGACUUUCCUCUUGUCUUUAGGGGCCGUGUGCUCUCCAGAAGUGGUUUUGAGAACCCUGUCCUCAUAGGGCCUAAGGGUAGCUGAAACAGGAGGUUUCUUGGAGUGAGCGGGUUUGGAAGGUCAGGGACUCUUCAAGAGCCAAAAGUCCUCCCUGUACCUGUGCUGUGGGGUGAGGGACCUGCAGCCUUUGGUCCUCACACAGUCUGUGAGGGGGGGAGAGCAGGCUGGGGCACUCACUCCUAACCCAGGAGGCCCUGCAGAGCUGUGGAGGGAGCCCAGUGUUACCUUGGGUGCCCACCACCCAGCCUCUGGCCAUUCUCAGCAAAGGGUGACUUUCCUCUGGGAAGCCCUGUAAGAGACAAUCCAUCCUGGCUCGCUGCAGGCUGCAUCACUUGGGAUGAGCAGCACUCAUCAGGCUGCAGUGAUGGGACACCCCAGAUCCCUGUGUCCCACCCUGCAGGGUGCCUGCUCCAUCCCAGCUGCCUUCAGCAGGCCAGAAUUCCAUGAUGAUCAAGUUAGAAAAGUCCUGUCUGAUGCUACCUCUGAGUCCCUGCCCAUGGAAUCCCUUUCCUUUGGGAUGACCCUCCCUGGAGGCUCAGCCUCGUGUCUCACAGGAGCACGCAGCACAGCCAAGCCAGGGCACGAGGGUGCUUGGCUUGGGCGCUGCUCUCUGGGUGCUGGUUGACCACUUGCCUGCUGAGCUAGAUGAGGAGUGGGAACAGAAAGCGCUGCGCUCCUGGACCCAGCAGGUCAGGGGUGAAGCUGAUGGAUGGAAACCAUGCUUUUUCCAUGCUUCUUCCUCCUCACCUCCUUUUUAAAGCUUUUUUAGCAUCAACUGCCCAAGCUGAGGAAACCACAACCCUAGGGCACAGCUGGAGCAGAGCUUGGGCCCCUCUGAGCGCUGGUCUCACUCCAGGCAGUAUGUGACAAGGCUCUGGGGAGCAGCACAGCCUCCCCUCCGCCCCGCACACCCGCUGCAGCUGGGGACAAGCCUGCUUUGCACUCUUCCUUUGCAAAUGCUUUUAGUUUGGUUCAUUUUAAGUGUUGAACUGCUUUAAGGAUAGAGUAGAGAAGGUGCUGUUCUGAGCAGUGCUGGCACAGCACGCACUGCUGGUGAUAGAAUGAUUCAUUGUCCCCAAAAUAUAUAUAUAUGAUGUUUUGUUUUUAAUGAUUGAAUUCAGAAAUACAAAUUUUAAUGCUGUAUUUAAUAAAUUAUUCUAAGAGAAA